AUGGACUCCGCAGUUGACAUGAACGAUGCCUCCAAGGUAUUGGACCUGUCCCGAAUUCGCUUCCAAUUGAUUCGCCUAGAAGAUACAAUCACGUUUCACCUCAUUGAGCGUGUCCAAUUCGCUCUGAACAAGCUGACCAGUCCCUCCACCCCCCCCCCCUUUCAGACAAUCUACACGCCCGGCGCCAUCAAAAUCCCCAACAGCAACCUCUCCUUCUUCGACUGGUACUUUUCCGAACAGGAGAAGCUCCAAUCCCUCAUCCGCCGGUACGAAUCCCCCGACGAAUACCCCUUCUUCCCGGACGCCGUGCAGACCCCGAUCCUCAAGCCCCUCAACUACCCCAAGAUCCUGCACCCCAACGACGUCAACGUCAACGACAAGAUCAAGAAGUUCUACAUUGAAAAGUUCCUGCCCGCCGUGUGCCCCGACUUCGGACGCCGGGACCGCGGCGAGUCGCAGGAGAACUAUGGCUCCGCCGCAACGUCCGACUUUGCCUGUUUGCAGGCGCUGUCGCGGAGGAUUCAUUUCGGGAAAUUCGUCGCAGAGUCCAAGUACCGGUCCGACCCGGAAACCUACAAGAAGCUGAUUCUGGCGAAUGACCGGGCGGGCAUCGCCGAGAGCAUCACGAACAAGGCGGUCGAGAAGUCUGUGCUCGCCAGGUUGCGCCUGAAGGCGCUGACGUAUGGAAAGGACCCCUCCGUCUCGGACGACUCUGAAGAGCAUGGCAAGAUUGACGUGGACGCCGUGGUGGCCAUGUACGAGGAUUUUGUGAUUCCCUUGACCAAGGAGGUCGAGGUUGAGUACUUGAUGCAGAGGCUGGAGGGGAAAGACUAG